CCGAGGAACCGUCUGCAUCGCGCGCAGCUCUCGAAGCUUUCGAUUUUUUGCAAUAAUUCGCACUACCCUCGAAGGAUAUACACAGCAUAGAUAAUUUUUCAAAGGCGCCAGCUAGUCGCAUUCCGCAUCCCGAAAAGGAUUUCGAUAUACAUUCCAGAAAGAAGGAAGCCAUGUCCGCCAUGUCCAUGAAAGCCCUUUUGGCCACAACAUUCUUGCUGGCCAAUGCCUGGACCAUCACAGCAUCUGGAAAUGAGCAAAAUAAUCGUCAUCAUUUGCAAUGCUGGCACUGCAGCUCUGACACUUAUGGGGCCGAGGACUUCUGUGAUGUGACCUUCCAGGAGGACAAUAUACCCAAUGAUUUGAUCCGGGAGAGGAACAUCAAUUUGCUCAGAACCUGUAAUAGCACUAUUAAUUCGGAUCACGAGCGACCUGUGUGCCGGAAAACUGUAGAGGAGAAUAAUGGUAAAAUAAUAACCAAACGCUUCUGCUACUACACCAACAAGUCCGAUGCCGUGGAUCUCUGCAAUGUCACCACUCCGGACAAAAAUGUGCGUCGGAUUUUCUGCCAGGAUUGCCUAACCGAUCGCUGCAAUGGAGCCUAUCCGGGAGUGUCCUUCAUGGAGAUUAUACUCCUCCUACCCAUUCUGGCCCUAGUCGUACAGUUGGCCAACUAAGGAGACUACCUUGGGCCAAAAAAACACACACACCUCUCUGCAUUCUAUUUAAGUUGGAACGUGAUAUUUUGCCUGGCCGCAAGUGCCCAGCUGUUGCUGAUUAAUUACUUAAGUUUAAAUCGAUUUAAAUAAGUUUAGUUUCGGGGCUCUAGGUCUCCGCACUCAUUUAGCCUAAAUUCCGGAUGAUAUUAAAGGUUUCUUUAUAAGUUCUUUGUCAGUGUUUGCCAAGCUCAAAGCCCAUAAAUUCAAAAAAAACUUAAACUAUACAAAACUUAAAUAAUCAAUAGAGUUUAGAAGUCCAAAGUACAGUAAACACUCACUAAAUAGCCUAAUUGAAUGUAAAGAACACUCGCAUAUGUAAUUAUCACAGUUGCUAGAAAAAAAACCCAACUCAAAUCGAAUAACUAUAUAGCACUUCUAUAAAGAAACACACCGAAUAAAGUAUACACUACACAUUUGACUUUUAAAGAUAUCCUAACAAA